CAAGUACUGCACUUCAAUUCUGCUUUCUAGUGUAAAGUCUUGUGUUCCAAAUCUUUGAGCUUUAAUUGAAACCCUCGUGGUCUCUGUAACAUUGCAUCUUCUGCUCACUAUAAAUAGCCAUUGAAAUGCUCUCAUCAAACCACACACAGUAAGGUAACCUAGUAAUAAACGGCAUCCCAGUGCAAAUGAAUAUGUAAUAAGCCAUAAAUCGGGGUUCUGGAACUCAUCCCACUACGCUAGAUUGGUAAAGCACUUGCAGGCAGUUAUCAGUGAGAGUGGAGUGUGAAACUCAGUACAGAGACACACAUACCUGUACGUGUACAUUGCAACCACAGUGAUAUUUGUGAAGUUAGCAGUGGGAUAUUUGCACUUGUAGGAAUACUUGAGUCUUGAUGGCUGCAUUUUUGGUGGUGACUAAAGCAUCUAUCAUUUGGAAUGAAUUUUAUAUCAAGACAGUGACAAUUCCCAAAGGUCAAAAGAAGAAAGUAACAUGUCGAGGUUGUCGUAAGCCCUGCUCUGGUGAAGUGCUGCGGGUACAGAAUGAGUAUUUUCACCUCAAGUGUUUCCGGUGUUGUUUGUGUGCAAGUUCUCUCUCCCAAGGUGGCUUCUUCACCAAGGAUGGCAAGUUCUACUGUGCCACUGAUUACCAAGAUCAGUUUGGUACCAAGUGUAAAGCAUGUGGUGAAUACCUAGAAGGGGAAGUUGUUACUGCAUUAGGAGACACCUAUCAUAAAUUCUGCUUUGUUUGUGCCAGAUGUGGACAUGCCUUCGAUAGCGGUGAUGAAGUUUCCCUUGACAAGAAACUAGGCUGCUGUUUUUGUCUUCACUGUCAUCUUCAGUGCAGCCUUUGUAGACUUACCAUAGCACCUGGUGAGAAGGUGACAUAUAAUGGCAAUGAAGUGCUGUGUUCAAAAUGCACUCCAGCUACCAUGGAGGGUCCAGCCAAUGGCACAGUGCCAAGCAAAGAAAGAAAGAGCUCCAAGUUCAGUAAGACUUCCAGUGCUAAACCCAAACAGGCAGUUACUGCAACCAUCCGUUGUGCCCAUUGCAGAAAAGAGAUUUUGAAUGGACAAGCUCUGAUUGCACUGGAUAAACACUGGCAUGUUGGCUGCUUCCAAUGUACUGUAUGCAAUAAGCUCCUUAGUGGGGAAUAUAUGGGCAGAGAAGGGAGGCCGUAUUGUGAAAAGCACUAUCAGCAGAAUUUUGGAGUGCGAUGUUGCCACUGUGAACAGUUCAUCACUGGGAGAGUUUUGGAGGCUGGAGAUAAGAGAUACCAUCCAACCUGUGCUAGGUGUGGUCGAUGUGGAAGCCAUUUCUCAGAGGGAGAGGAUAUGUAUAUUCAGGGUACUGAAAUAUGGCACCCAGAUUGCAGUAAAAGCCUGAAGGUUAUAGAUUUGUCACCCCUGAAGUUGAAGGAGAAUGCCGUGCUGUAUGAUUACAAUCGUAACAGAUUGACAUCACCCAGAGCUCGUUCUCUAUCUCCCAGCAGUAGUCGAUUCCACUCACCAGCCCUCACCCCAACCCGUUCAUCCAACAGCCUUAGCCCACAAAGUCCUGACUUUGCACAGAGUUACCUAUCACCAGAUGCUGUAGAUGCCACGAAACUCUACCCAAGAGUCUUACAAAGUUCUGCUGAGCCACCAACAAGCCCCAACUUUCACCGACCAGAAUAUGUCAACAAGGGAGAAGAGUUUAACUACAAAGAGCAGCCCAGAGUAACACCUCAGCAGGUUAAAAAAUGGUCACAGGGACGUGCUGGUCGGCCUAGGCCCAGGAGUGCAUUUGAAAGUUUUAUGCCCAAACCUAAGCCAAUUAAGGAUGAGGAGCUGUCAGUCGAUCUCAUUAAGGCAUCCAAGUUUCCUGCUGCCAAGAAACCUCCUCCUAAUGAGCUACCUAAGGUAGAGAGAGAAGAUUGGCCUGGACCACCAUUCCCUCCAAUCAUUAAACGCUGGUGGAGUAAAUCACUUGGUACCCUGGAACUUGAUGCGCAAGAGAAAGAGGAGGAAAUUGCAAUAAAGGAAGAAGUAGAGAAGAUGCCAUCUGGUCUGGGUAAGGAGAUCUUGAAGGCUGAACUGACCAAGACCAAGCCAGAUAACCUAGAUCCACGGAGCGCAUCCAGGACACCAUCAGCAAAGAAGGAACCACCUAUCCACACAAGAUAUGCAUCAUCAGUGAAUGCAGCACCACUUCGCUUGCGAGAGCGAAGCAGACACUCGCCUGAAGACUUAUUCCGAGUUGAUGGAGCAAGGAGUGCUACUUUGCCUGCAAACAUGCGAAACAUGAGUUUGAGUGAAGCUUACAGGAAAGCAAGUUCCCUUCCCCCAGACUCAAGAAGUGGUCCACCAAGUUGGUUCAAUGAUGGUUUAUCAGAUGGUUACCAGAGCCCAGGAGGUUACCUCAGCCCCCCUGGGUAUUUAAGUCCUGUCAGCGGGGGGUACCGGACUCCAUCAGGCUUCCAAAGCCCCAACGGCUACGCGAGUGAUGCAGACUUCUCACGGAUGGGUUCCUCUGAAGAUGAGCUACGGAUGUUGAGGAUCACUAGAGGGCGGUCUCUGCCGAGCGUUGUUCAGCAAAAGAUGAAAAACUCAAAGGAAAAAAUAACACCAUCCACUAAAGAGAAAGGCAAAUCUAUGUCCAACAUACCUGUGAAACCCACAAAAGAGAUAUACCCACUAGCGACAUUAUUAACAACCAACUACAGGUUACCCAAGGAUGUUGACAGAAAAAAUCUAGAGCUUCAUCUCUCAGCUGAGGACUUCUUAAGAGCCUUUCAGAUGCCUUAUGAAGAUUACUUCAGGCUGCCAAGAUGGCGCCAAGUGGAACUUAAAAAGCAAGCAUUGCUUUUUUGACAGGCAUCCCAUUAUGUUUCUAAACUGCUAUGCUGCCACAAAUUUGCCUUCUGUCUACAAGGAAUUGACGUGACUUGCAUGAAGAUAAAUGUUGGAGACUUUGCUGUAUGCUGCUGCUAACCAAUGUGAUGCAUACCUUCUCAGCCACUCAGACAGGUCUACAGAUGUCAUCCCCACUCAUCCUCAGGUCUAUCUCAUCUCUAGUGUUACCACACCCAACAGCAACUUCUGCAAAUUUAGAGUAGAAAGAUUUAUGGAGACCAGAAAGAUAUGCUUUGCUACUACAUUUCAUUUGAUAAAACCCUAUCUGAUAUCUGUAAUAUGACUCCUUUACUUGCACAUUGAAUCUACACUCCGUAAAAGAGAUACACUAUACAAAUACAUACACUCACCCUUCUGUGCCUACAUUUCAUGCACAUAUAUGUCAGUUUAAGAUCUUUAUGGUAUUGACUAUAUGAGAUAUAACCAUAAAUCUUAUGAAACUCCAGCAGUUUGUUAGUGCUAGUGGGAGGUCGCAACAGCAAGAUCCCCUUCAUCAAUAUUGACUGUCACCACUUCAUGUCAGAGAACAUGUUUGUAAAGGUAGGAUCUGUGUAUUCCAUGAGAAAUAUCACUCUGACAGACUGUGCCAGUAGGUCGGUAAGUGUGCAACAUGGGUUGCUUGAUGGGUUCACACAUUUUGGUGCAUCUAUCAAUAACUGUGUUUUAUGGAACUAUGGCAGAGUGCUGUUGACACUCGUGGAUAUUAGAAAGGGAUAGUAAUAAGCUGGUACUUGUGUGGAUGUCCCCAAGUACAGUAAACUCUGGUUAAAAUCAGAUAACUUUCUUGUAUUUUGUCUCAUGUAUCUAGAAAUCUUCCUUCAUUUCUUUCAAGAGAAAAGGAUAUUGUGUUCAUGAAUACCUCCGCGACUUCAAAAUGACUGCAUCUGUACUUCCGUUAAGCUUGAGUUUUUUCAAUUAGUAUGGAAGCAACCACAGCCAAACUAGUCACAAAGAAGUGUAAAGAGAUACCAAAACUUCUUCAUGAGUCAUUGCUCCCUAAUGCAUCAGACAAGUCACAGUAUCCAGCACACAAUUGCAGUGAUCCCUGACUUGGAGUUUGACUGAUCACUACCACUUACUCAUUUGUAGUUUCCAAUUGUUGGUUCUUUUUGGUGGCCAUGUGACCACACUGGGAGCUAGUACGUCAUGUGCAUGCCCAGCUUUUGUUUGUCUGACUGCUUUCACCAGCUUAGAUUUCGUUCUUGGUUAUGCUUAUAUUUUGUACAAAAUGAUAAGAAAUGAAGCUUCGCUACACACAAUUUACUCUUUAAAAAGCAGAUGUCCUUAGGUAAGAGUUUUACAUACAACUCUAACAUAUUUGGCUGAAAUAAACCCAAACGGAUCUAUAAAUGAAUUAUGAAUCGAUUACAGUGUAAACACUGGAUGAAUAUGUAGAUUGAACUUGGUUGUAGAGAUAUUCAGGAACUGUGGAAAACUUGAAAUCUGGAGACCUCAAAGUUUCAAUCUGGUCCCCUUAUUAUCGCCAGGGAUUUCUGUAUUUAAAUGUCUCUAGUGUGACGUGGAUAGGAAACCAGUUCACAAGACUGUCCACAUUGUCUGCAAGUACCCACAUUUUACUAUGUGGAUCAUCUAGGAAGCUAAUGGUGCCAACAUUGUGAGUUUUUUUUACUGAUGUAUCGUAAUGCAGCAUAAUUAGCGACUGAACAAAGGGGCAAUUCUGACAACAACCUGCUUGGAGCUUUUCUUUUGCUUUCAGCUGCAACUACAGUAAAAAAUAAAUGCAAUGGCUGUUGGUUUACAAGCAUUGGUCCUUAUUUAUAAGGAGAUUUUAAGUAGGAUGCAUCAAACCUUUGAGAGCACUUCAAACGCCAACAUGUUAGUUUAUAAAACUUUUGAAUAUAGGCAAGGAAAACACUUGAGAGUAGGCAGUCCUCAAGGUUAGUGCAUCUCACACAACAUGCAUGCAUGGAUUCAGCACAUAUAUGCAUACUGGUACUUGUACAUAAUGAGACAAACAUUGUUUUGUUCUUUGUUAUUUGGAAUGAUCAUAAGUGUAGAACUGUCCCAAAACAUCAGAAAGAGCUAUCUCACUGAACUCGAAUGCAUCAGAGUUGGGUCAACAAGUUUUACCUGGUACGCUCAUUUGUUGUCAUUGCAUUUGAAUAAACUUAUUAAAAGCGAUUCAAAGUGUGAUGUGUGUGAUGCUGAAUUUAUAUCAACUCUGAUUUCAUGAGAUGAUGAUUUAAGUGUGCAUGGAGACGGACAGGCAACUGUUCAGUUUGUGGAAACAGCGGUGAUAUGGUUACACCUGCAAUAGGCUGCCAUUUGCAGUCUUAAUGUUAGGAUUCUUUAGUUAAUAUGAGGUAUUCUGGGAAAAUUAUACAGAGCUUAACAGACGAGGGGGACAUUGCUGGCAUUAGGAAAAAAUCUAAAAUCUGUCUACUGUUUGUUGCACUUCAGUUAGACAUUUCAAUGACAAAGGGGGCUGUUAAAAGUUUGCAGUGAUGGACAUGUUAUAAAGUGACGCACUGAGAAAGCACCUUUGAAGAUUCAUAUGUGUUAACAUGAAUGGGACCAAUUGCUUUUCUUGGAGGAAACAGUUCCAUCACAUAUUUUAUACUAUUUCUUUUAAAAUGUGUUUAGGAGACUAUCAAAGAUUGCAAAUACCAAUAAAUCUUUAAACGAAGUAUUUUCCCCAUUAUACUCUGUGUUCGGUUCUGUCUCAUUUUGCCAGAAUGCCUCACCGAUAUUGGUGUCAUAAAGAAUCAAAUCUGUUUAUUUUUAACAUUUUUUCGAAUUUAAUGCAUGAGUGACAGACUUUAUAUUGCUUUUCCCCAAAGGUCCUUUAAUCUGUCCUACAAGUAGUGUGGCAUUAAUGUUUGAAAUCACUAGCAAGCAACGUUCAAAGUGUGAAUUAUAGGUAGUCUUCACUUAGUCAGUAUACCCUCAUAAUCCAAGCUAAUUUUCAACAGCUUCCAUGCCUAACAGGGUAAAUUAAUAACUAAUAAAUCUGGAUUGUUCCUGCAAAUUGCAAUAUUCUUUGGACAAAGUGAUUCUAGUUAUCAUACCAUCUUUUUAACUGUAUUUGUUACU